ACGUGAUGGACGCAUAAUCCCAAGUAUAUCCAUAGAGUAUAUCCAAGUGGCGUGAGCCGACCGUAGUUGGAACAGUACACGCGCACUGAAAUCUAACCAAGGCUGGCCUUGGUUCGGAAACAGCGGCUCACAUGUCCGCAGUGGUGCUGUCUCCCUGCAGGUGCCGAGUCUGAGCCGCACACCGGGACCGAACGGGGCUGUGAGGACAAGAACGGUGGAGCUGACGUUUCCACACCUGUGGACAAAACAAAGAGGCUUCCAUAAUUCAUGUGGCCAUCAGCAUCUGCUGGGAAAGAUGAGUGCAGACAGACCCAAACGGAAUAUCAUCAAAAAGAAAUAUGACAUCAGUGAUGGGAUGCCGUGGUGUGAAGAACGUCUGGUCCGCAAAGUUCUUUUCCUCUCCCUCAGGGAAUUCAGAGACACCCACCGUGCCACACACAAACACACACACAUACACACACGUGCACGCAAGUGCACUUCAAAAAAUACACUCUGUCAUACUCAGCGAAAGACACAGACACUACUUAAAACACACACAGAGAAAAAGACACGCACGAGACAGAGUGUACACACACCACAACAAAGAGUCACACACAGACCACCAAACACACACACACAGAAAAACACACACAGUGUAAAAAAUCCACACAUUUCAAAACAUCUCCGCCCUCAUGAACACACUAACAAAGGGCAAAAAUCCAAUUUAGCUCAGGACUCACACUCACCAAAAAAUAAAUGUACUCACACACCACAGAACAUUCAGACUCAAUCAAAACUGUGUGCAGGGAAGAUCACACACACUGUGCAGCAUACACACCUACAAGAAAACACACACGUGUUCCAGAAGAGUUCUGUGUCCACCAGGACACUACGCUCACACACAACACAAAACACACUGUCGCUGUUGAACUCCAAAUACACUGAAACUGCAAAACACACACACACUUCUCAGCACAAACACUCACUGAAAACCACCCAGACACUGCUGAACCCCUCUGUCCCAGCCAGGACCCUGCGCUCACACACUCCCAGCAGCCUUGGCGGCUCCUUGGUUAAUGGCAUCAGCCAGUGUCCGUCCCUCCUGUCAGCGAGUCCCAGCUGGAGUUGGUCCUUACAGACACCCCCUCAACAGCGCUGCCCUGCAACCAUCCAUCGUCACAAGGUCGACCGUGCCAGCAAGAGACCAAGGGUGCAAGCGCAGAGGAAGUUUGCCCAGUCUCCUCCCAGCUCUCCAGGAUCUCCAGUGUCUAUAGCACCAGCACGAAGUAACCACAGCCACAACCUGACCGUAGUCACCUGUCUGACAAGACGCCGACCCAAGACUGAGGACUUCCUGUCUUUCCUCUGUCUGAGGGGUUCAGCAGCGUUACCUAGCAACAUGGCCUAUUUAGCAAGUGGACGAGCGAAGGAGCCAGCUGGCACUCAGCAUCGUACUUCCUGUCUCUCCACCAAUCACAGGACUGCAGCUAAGGGGAAGAACAUUAGCCAGUUGAGCCGAACAUCAGCGCAGCAAGACUCAAGGUCUUUGAGAGGGAGGCCUGGAGGCUCUGCAGCGGUCACUUCCCUCUGCCCUCUAACUGCCAGGAGGAGGAGGAAAGAGGGGAUGGAGGAGGGCAGGAGAGUAGGAUCUGAGAGACACCUCCUGAGACCUCGCCAGCUCUCCCUACAGGUUGCCCUGAUGACCGGACUCUCUGAACAAAGACCCUCCUGUGUCGGCUCAGUUCCUUUCUUAAAGCCUAGCACAGGGGUGGGCAGCAGAUGCUCCCCCAAGCCCUGCAGAAGGCCUAGCAAUACCUGUAAACCAAGAUUCCAGGAAAGCAACAACAAACACCUCUCCAGGCACAGCAAACAGCAACUGCCUCGCAAUCAGCACCUUCCUCUUCCCCACCCCACAGUCUCUAACUACUAUAGCAACCCAAAGAGCCUCAGUUGUCUCCAGAACUCAGAAAAACAUUCAAGCAGGACUUCAGAUCAGAUAGCAUUGACCAAUGGCUCAGUCAUCAGACAGCUGAGUGAGAACCCUGGGGUCCUCAGGUUGUCCAGAAGAAGGAGAGGCCUCCCACCAGACACCAGCUCUAGCCUCCGGAAUCACGUAUCUUCAGACAACAACUCAUCAAAGAAGUGCCGGACAGUGCAAUACGAAGAAGGUGAUGUCCCAUUGAUGGACAGUGACUGCCAUAUAGGUGAGAUACCACUGAGGAAGACAGACGGUGCUAAAGACGUUAGAGAGGGGUAUGUGAGUAAUACUGGUGAAAUUACUGGUAGUCGUGAUAAGGAACUUAGACUAAAUAAAUGUGGCCAUGUUGGAGAGAUAAGACCAGAGAGGGGCAGUCGUAUUAGUGAAGAUCUACAGGACAAGGUGAAUGUUAGAAAAUUGAGUGUGACCAACGUCGCUGCUCCGGAGCCUUCUCAAGAAACGGUCAACUUUACCAACAUCAUCACAAACUAUGACAUCAGCCCUGUCAGUGAGGUCAUAUGUAGACAUGUGAGAGAUAAAAGGCUCCAGAGGAAUCAGCGUGCUUCAGCCACAGUCCCUAAGCUAAUAAGCAGGACCACUGAUUCUAGGACUGUUACCAGAGCUGCUAAAGCUAGGACCACUCAAACUAAAGCUGCUAUCAACUCAGUGACAUCAAUACACAUACACACUGACCCACCAGCCACUUAUCCUGCCAAGCACACUGCUAAAGGUACUAACAAAGGUGCUAGCAAGGACAUUACCAAGUGUACUUCACCAGCCAGCAGUUACUCUGUCCACAAUUCCAAAGGUGCUGCAAAAGAUGCUUUAAAGGGUACCACAGAGGACUCGAGAAAGGACAGUCCGUCAGUCAGUAGCUGUUCUAGCACUUCCAAGGGCUCAACAAAGGGCCUUAACCAGACCAAGUCUACUACCUCAGCCAUCAAGACCAGGUCCAGCCCUAGAAUCCUUCUGAAGCGCUAACAAACACCUGGGCCCACAUUCACUAUUUGCUCUAUUUAGAAUUGUUGUUGAAGAAAACAACAUUGAAUACUGUUGAUCAU